GUUAACCCUUCAUGCAAACUGCACCUAUUCUCAAGAAGAAGAAGACCCUACCACUGUGACACCCACUCUGGUCGCAGACACAAACAAUGGUACCGCAUCACCUGGUACUCACGCUUACAAUCUUCGAUCCAGACCCGUUAUUUCGACAGUACACCACCAACAGUCUGAUGAUACAAGCUUGUGUGACUGUGGUGUUCCAGUCUGUAAAGGACAAUGGAUGCGUUAUAUCAGCUCCCCGCUUCCUGACUGUCAGUAUGUAGCAGAAGAUGACUACGUUCGUGAAGAACCAGCGCCUAACAUUCAUAGUUUUUAUGUCUAGCUGUAAGGGUAAUGCUUACAAUAUUAUAGACUAAGUAACAAACUUAUGCAUACUACCUUCUACCCUUUCCAACUAACUAUAGUUAACAUUUUACGAAAGAGCUCGUCCUGAAUGAGUACCCAAUCCAUGUGUUAGACACUUUUAUUAAACAUUCCCUCAGCAUAUCCGUUGAGAUUUCCUGAGAAAAUUACACCGAUUAAUGCCUUUCUCAGUGGGUUUUACACAUCUGUUCUCUUUCCUUUGCCUCAAAUGUAUAUAAUGUGAUACCUACACAGUUCACCUUAGCUCAAAGUUUCAAUCUUAUCACCUCUCUUACAUUCACUGUUUAAGUCCUCGUGUUUCAGCCACGUCCCUGCACUCCAUAUUUUAGUAGAACGUCAACUUAUACUAUUUACUAUAUCGUGCCUAUGUUAGUGUCUACCGUUUAUAUUCUGCUUAACAGGUAACACUGUGGCUGAGCAUCAUGAUACCUGCGCAUGAUUUCUGGUCUACUGCCUCCAUCUCUGAUACCACCUGCAGAUGGACCUACUGCCUCCAGUAUGUGCAGACAUGUAGCUAGUUAGUCAUGAUGAUCCAUGGGUAGUUUAGUUUUAGAAUUAUAUUUAUACAAUGUAUGCUAUAUUCAUACAUGCCCGAGACGGUAUUGGACGUUUUUCAAAGCCUGUUUAAGGCGACUAUAUAUAAAUGUCACUACUGUACAUAAAUGUCAGGUUCACAACCAAGAAGUUCGUCAAGCAGAUAGUCGAGGACGCCAAUGAUAGCGUGCCGAGCAGUGUUGGACGUGCGUGGUCGCACAUGUGGUGACACUUAUUCAUCGACUGCAUAUUGCCAGCAUUCAACUCAGCAGCAGUUGUCAACAGCAGUGUCAACAUGCUCGCAGAUGUGCAUCUUGUCCAAGUGCAACUAGACUCCAACGACCAGACCAUCUUGAGCAGCGGCGCUGUACUCCCACUCCCUCGAUAGCUAGUGUGUGGCCCAGUAGAGGAUAUUAUAUAUUUUCACACUAAAACGAAGAAAAGGCCAAAGCAGUUUGUGCUGCAUUCCUCCCCAUUACAAGAGAGCUACAACUCACACAACCACAACGUAUAAUAUUCAGGAAUUUUGAUAAAUUUGAUAAAUUGCUCUUUUUAUUCCUAUAUUUAACCUAAGUGAGGUUAAAUUAUGUGGCUAUUAUAUAAUUCACCUUCAACCCUAUAGUUAACGAAAAGUCCAAAGAUUUGUAACAAGACUCAUUCCUGAUUGAAGGGUAGAAAUAACCUAUCCUUUGAGGGUGUAUUUUAUUACCUCAAUAAACUUACUUGAAUGUGAACUCUUUGCUGAACUCAGCACGUCUUAACUAUUAGGAUAGACUGAGAAAACUUCACCUUGCCACACUAGAGAUGGGGGAGGAAUAGUGGGGAUAAGAUAAGGACAUAUAGGAUUAUAAGGGGCAUUGACAAAGUAUUGAACCAAUAACAGUACCUCUAUUGAACCAGGAGUCUCUAUGUAUGCCACUGCUAGCUUCAGUUUUGCUUUUGAACGACAGGAGAUAUGUUUGAGUGUAUGUACACAUUUGUGAUCGAGCGCAUGUGUGAGAUCAUUAAAAUACACGUGACUGAGUGCAUGUGUGCGUAGCCACAACAUGCCAACUUCAGACUGGUGUCACGUGAAAAGAAGCAAGAAAAACACAAAGCCUCCAUAAGGAGCAGGAGCAGUAAGCCGUGGACAGUUAACGGAUAUUAGUUACAGGAAGACACGUCCUGUCCAGCGUAAGUUGGACACAACAACAACUCGAGUCUGAGUCUCGUCAGUGUAUCUUGCGUCACUCUGGCGACCGGCUAUACUUUCAUAAUUGACUAUCUUAUGGAGGAGAAACUCUUGAAGGGGCGUGUGAUCCUAUGGAAGUGCUGGACGCUGGUAAUUGUUUUAGGGAACCAUAUUUCAUCCUCCGCGUCUCUACCACAGCUCGCAUCACCCAUCAACCCCACAACACCUCUGUACUCCUCUUGGCUGCAGCUGUCUUCGGUAACUACCAGCCCAGGUCUACUGGAGUCCCCGGUAACUACAAGCCCAGGAUUGCAUCAGUCCCCAGUAACUACCAGCCCAGGACUGCAGCAGUCCACGUUAACUACCAGCCCAGGACUACAGCAGUCCCCGCAAACUACCAGCCCAGGACCAGCCCGCUCCCCCAGCCAACACCCACCACUGGUCUCCACCAGAGAUGUGCCACCAACAGGAAACACACCGAUGGGUGAGACACAGUCCUCGGGGCAGAAUCCCUUACAACCAAUUGUGUCACAUUUAUAUCCCAACACGACCCUUCUGCGGAGGAAAAAGAGGAAGGACUGUUCUAGUGAAGUUGUUCAUGUCAAUAAUAAUUCAAAAGAAGUUAUGAAGACCGACCAACAAAGUGGUACUCUUUACUUUUAUCCCGAGGAUGGCUUUGAGUAUAUACGCAUAAUUCUGAAUGUGACCUACGGUGUACAAGAUGCAGUGUUCAAUAGGGAAGACCUUUGUGUCGAGGAAAUACGUCGCUGGUACACUUUUACAUACAGUACUUAUGCGUACAGAAGAUCUCUCAAGUUUUCUAGAUGGGGAAUUAUCAUCAGUGUUGGUAAUUGUUCCAAAGCAUCUCCACUACAUUACUUGUAUUAUUUGAACUAUUUUUAUAGCAUCAGGGUCGUGGCUCGAGGGUGGUCUCUCUGGAGAACCAGAGCCCCUGAUCAGCGCUGCCUCGACCAGUUCCCUGACGACGACACCCAGCAGGCAAUCCUCCAUACAGACCUCCUUAUUGUCCUCCUGUUCAUUGUCCUUGUUGUGGAUCUCAUUAUUGCCGUCAUUUGCUGUCGUAGCAUAAGAGGUCGUAACAUGUGUUCUGGCCGAUGUCCAGCGUUAGACACUGAUCAUGCUGUACUCUCGGCCAGCCACGUGUAUGAAGAGCUUCAGGAUCCUGGCGGAGCUACGAUAUGUCCUAGUCAAUGUCCAACAUCCUCAGCCAGCCACGAAUAUGAAGAGGUUCAGGAUCCAGGCGGAGCUACGAUAUGUCCAACAUCCUCGGCCAGCCACGAAUAUGAAGAGGUUCAGGAUCCAGGCGGAGCUACGAUAUGUCCAACAUCCUCGGCAAGCCACGAAUAUGAAGAGGUUCAGGACCCAGGCGGAGCUACGAUAUGUCCAGCAUCCUCGGCAAGCCACGAAUAUGAAGAGGUUCAGGAUCCAGGCGGAGCUACGAUAUGUCCAGCAUCCUCGACCAGCCACGAAUAUGAAGAGGUUCAGGAUCCAGGCGGAGUUAUGAUAAGUUCUGUACAAUGUCCAGCAUCCUCGACCAGCCACGAAUAUGAAGAGGUUCAGGAUCCAGGCGGAGUUACGAUAAGUUCUGUACAAUGUCUAGCAUCCUCGGCCAGCCACGAAUAUGAAGAGGUUCAGGAUCCAGGCGGAGUUACGAUAAGUUCUGUACAAUGUCUAGCAUCCUCGGCCAGCCACGAAUAUGAAGAGGUUCAGGAUCCAGGCGGAGUUACGAUAAGUUCUGGCCAAUGUCCAGCAUCCUCGGCCAGCCACGAAUAUGAAGAGGUUCAGGAUCCAGGCGGAGCUUGAAUCCUGCAAGAUCUCAGGCAACCAGAUCCAGAACUAAAUCAGGAUCCAGGCAGAGGAACGAGACAGUUGAGAGUCGCCCCGCGGCGGUGACAGUGUCCAGGACGCCGUCUGCCGCCCCCGCGACCCCUGGCGGGAGGCCCGGCCCAUCACUGCUAAAACACCACCUAAUCCGAUUUCACUACGGUAUGUGUGACUGGCAGAGGAGAACGGUAUUUUAUCAUGGUUUAUGACGAUAAUAAUAGCACGUAUGGUAAUAUAUAGGUGACACUACGUAUGUACUAGUGUAUGUCCCAGAUAUAUGGGUAACAUUAUCACUCAUUAUUGUAACCAAUGUUUGCUGUAGCUGGUUGGUUCAACAUUGAUGACGUAACCCCAGCAUUUGUCAGUUAACUAUAGCUAAAUAUUUACCUUCAUAAAUUAUGCAUUGGUCAUUGUCUUAAACUUAAUUACUGUUAUUAAUAAUGCUGCUAAUUGUUAUAAUGAUUAUUACCAUUAUUGUUCGUUACUAAUUGUUGGCAACUGACUGAAGUCAAUACUGACACUUCCACCAGUUGACAAUAUUGUGUAUCAAUUCCUUGUUUAAAUAACAAUACUUUUGAGCAAGCAUCAUGUGGUAUUGUGCGUUUUAUAAUUAUUCAUCACUGACCAGGCAUCUGGUGGUGUUUACAUAAAAUAAGAACAUAAGAAAAAGGACAAACUACAGAAGGCCUACUGGCCCAUGCAAGGCAGCUCCUAUUUAUACCAACCUAAUUCACACAUGUAUGUCCUAACUUAUGCUUUAACAUUCCAGCGCUCUUACGCUUAUUAUUUUCCUGUGUUUUACCAAUAAUACGAGGUAAUAUUCAAGUAUAAACAACUGCUAAAUAGUUAAGGGUAUAUUAAACAUGAACAGCUAUAUCCAAGAAAAUAAUGAUAUUCUAUAUUACGUUCCUUGUAAAAAUGUAAUAAAGUGUAUAUUGGUCAAACAGGCAAAUCUUUCUGUAAAAUAAUCAUCCAGCAUAAAUAUAAUUUUUAGAACAAAGUCUGA